UGUCAAAGUUGUGUUGACAGUAGUAGCAGCAGGAACUGUCAGGGCGAGGUAGCUAACAUCACGAGCCGAAUGGAGUAAUUAUCUCGUUAUAUUUCAAGAAAACCAACCCACCACAUUCCUUAUAACACUGUAAACCUCCAACGAAGCCAUGGCAGAGGACUCGAGUGUUCAAACUUGGUCCAUCAACAAGGACGACUAUGUACUCAACGAGGUGAUUGGGAGUGGUGCCACGGCCGUGGUGCAGGCGGCCUACUGUGAGCCCAGGAAGGAGAGGGUGGCCAUUAAACGCAUUAACCUGGAGAAGUGUCAGACCAGCAUGGACGAGCUCCUGAAAGAGAUCCAGGCCAUGUCCCAGUGCCACCACCCCAACAUUGUGUCCUACUAUACGUCUUUCGUAGUGAAGGACGAGCUGUGGCUGGUGAUGCGACUCCUCAGUGGUGGCUCAGUACUGGACAUCAUUAAACACAUCAUAUCUCGUGGGGAACAUAAGUCUGGGGUGCUGGAUGAGUCGUCCAUAGCCACCAUCCUCAAAGAGGUUCUAGAAGGACUGGAGUACCUGCAUAAGAACGGGCAGAUCCACAGGGAUCUAAAGGCCGGAAAUAUUCUUCUCGGUGACGAUGGCUCAGUGCAAAUCGCAGACUUUGGUGUGAGUGCCUUCUUAGCGGCUGGAGGAGACAUGACCAGGACUAAGGUCAGGAAGACGUUUGUUGGGACGCCAUGUUGGAUGGCCCCGGAGGUCAUGGAGCAGGUCAGGGGUUAUGACUACAAAGCAGAUAUCUGGAGUUUUGGGAUCACAGCCAUCGAGCUGGCUACAGGAGCUGCACCGUAUCACAAAUAUCCACCCAUGAAGGUGAUUUUGCUGACCCUGCAGAAUGACCCUCCCUGCUUGGAGACGGGCAUCCAGGACAGAAUGGUGAAGAAGUACGGCAAGUCCUUCAGGAAGAUGAUCUCACUCUGUCUACAGAAGGAGCCUGAGAAAAAACCAACUGCUGCUGAGCUGCUGAAACACAAAUUCUUCACGAAAGCAAAGAAUAAUGAAUACUUGGAAGAGAAGCUGCUUCAGAAGGGUCCAUCGAUAGGAGACCGAUCCAAACGGGUGCGUCGCGUGCCUGGCUCCAGUGGCCGUCUCCAUAAGACCGAGGACGGGGAGUGGGAGUGGAGUGAUGAUGAGUUGGACAUGGAGAGUGAAGAGGGCCAGGCUGCGGUGGCAGCUCUACGGUCUCCCAGAGUGAAAGAUGGCUCCAUCGAGAUUUUCCCUCCAGAGGAUGGUUCGCCCAGUCUGCUCCGUCCAGGAGGGGCAGGACAGGACAAGGACAACCCAGGCGAGGCCACGCUGAUCCAGGGAGACGUUCCAGCCCAGGACCCCGCUGCCUCCUCCACCACCAAAGUCCCCAUCAGCCUGGUGUUGAGGUUGAGAAACUUGAAGAAAGAACUGAAUGACAUCCGUUUUGAGUUUAUGCCUGGAAGAGACUCAGCUGAUGGAGUGUCUCAGGAGUUAGUUUCAGCAGGACUGGUCGAUGGGAAAGACUUAGUGGUCGUUGCUGCCAAUUUGCAGAAGAUUGUCGAUGAUCCUCUCAACAAUAAAAAUGUCACUUUCAAACUGGCAUCUGGCAUAGACGAGUCGGAGAUCCCUGACGAUGUCAAGCUGAUGGGUUUCGCUCAGCUCAGCAUCAGUUAACUCAACGGUCUUUCAUCAAAGAACAACAGAACAGCAUAGUUCUAAUUUCCAAGACGACACUACUGCCAAGGAGAAGAGCUGCAUUUGUCAACCUGUAGGGUUCUUUACUGAACUCUGCUGUGUUAGUUAAAAUGGACGGGCUAUGAGAACGGGACCAGCGACAACAGUAAAAAAAAAAACAACAACAGUUAGAACAGGAAAUCACAUUUUGAAAGAGUUUAUAGCAGGACCGAUCCACAACGUGUAUCUGCGAGGGAGGACGACGUCGCAAUCAACGAUGUCAUCAUCGACUUAUUAAAAAAAAUAAAAAAUAAACAAACAACAAACCAUUUUCCUAGUUAGUGUUGUACAAUCCAAAAGCAUUAUAUAAUACAAUGGAACUGCUGCCAGUUCUGGAAGUGGUAACAGCAACAACAACAAAUGCCUUUUUUAUCGACCGUGCCACUGAACCAACGGAGUGUUGUGUGUGUGUGUGUGUGUGUGUAGAGGCCUCCACUAUUAGAUAUCAUACUGUAUACUGCCUCUCAAAUAGACACCUAUUACCUACAUAGUGCAUUAUUUAUGGGCCUCGGUCAAAAGUAGUGCACUAUGUAGGGAACGGGGGGAGGCAUUUGGGAUGUGGAAUGGUAUAUCAGGCAGUGUAAAGGAGUGGGUGAGGAUGGGGGGUCUUAGUAAGGAUCUAUUACAGUGCGGUUCUAUGUAGUAGAGGGAUUGAAUGGCUUGAGUUCACUUGAUAAURUGAUUGAUAUUAAACUGUAGGGGGCCCUUAGUCACACACAGUUUAAACCCCUUAUUACACCGUAACUAGCCAGUUUUAUCAUGAACCAGAAAGAACUGGCAUUUCUCUUAGUGUAUAUCAUAACAUAAGUUGACGUAAGCUUUCUUAGCUGUCUCAUACGCUUUCUUGAGUGUAUCUGUUGACAUAAGCUCUCAUAGGUGUAUCAUAAGUUGACAUUAUCUGUCAUAAGUUAACUGUUGACAUCAGCUGUUUAUAACCUCUCAUUGCUGUAUCAUUAGUUCAGGUUACCCCAGACAGACCGGACAGACGGACCUCGUUGCUCUAACGUGGAAGGGGGUCUGUUCAGGAGGGAGAAAUGUUACAGGACAUAGUGAAACGUUCAGAUGUAAAAAAUGUAUAGUGUAGAACAGAUAGGAUUGCCUGUCGUAUAGAUUUGGGAGUCGGUGUCUGCUCUAUUCAUUACAUUUCUAUGUGCAAACCUUCUGGACCGUGAAUCCAGUGUUUUAAUACGUGAAGAAGGUAAAAACAAUACCUUACUGAGACCUUGAUAAUUAUGGUCUUUGGAGUGACUAUGCAACUUUGUCUCUAAUGUCCAGUACCAGCGGUUCACUAGCCACUGGACCUCUGUUAUCUCGCUUGCUAGCUGUCAUCACUAUGUAUCUUAUAUCAAUAGAUAGCUAUCUGUCAUUAUGUCUCUUAUCUCACUAGCUAACUAUCUGUCAUCACUAUGUCUCUUUAUCUCACUAGCUAGCUAUCUGUCGUCACUAUGGCCACUGGACCUCUGUACUCUCGCUAGCUAGCCGUCAUCGUUAUGUCUCUAUAGACAUUUAUGUCUGUUCCGUCAUCGUAGAUGGACACAAUCGUUUGUGUCGUCCAAUCCAUCCACUCACCUGAAAGUCACCGACUGUUGUCACUCCCACUUUACAUUGUAUGUCGGCAGUGUUGGACAAGCUACUAUGAAAAUAUAGUUUACCAAGCUACCAAUUACUUCACGCUGGAAGAAAUUAAGUUACCCUUAAGAAAAACAUAGUUUAACAAAAAGUUACUUAGGAAAAAGUAGUUUACUACAAACUUUAUGAAAAAUAAUAUCUGAAUCUGAAAUGGCAAA